CGGAGGCAGGCGGUGCUCGGCCCUGCCGCGGCUGCUCCGGGCCGGGUUCCUCGGCCGGCCGGGCACCGAGACCCAUUGCCGCGCGGCUCCUUUUGUUGUUCUUGCGGCUCCGGUAGCCGUUCGGCUAGUACCGCCUCUGCUACCUUCUUCAGGCCGCAGGCAGGAGGAGACUUUCCAUUCCGGUCCAGAGUUAGCGUGCUUCGAUUAAACCUCAGCCCUUGGCUUUCUCCACCUUCUGAAAAAGGGACUUUGAAUAUGUCUGGCAUAGCUCUUAGCAGACUUGCACAGGAGAGAAAAGCCUGGAGAAAAGAUCAUCCAUUUGGAUUUGUAGCAGUACCUACAAAAAAUCCAGAUGGCACAAUGAAUCUAAUGAACUGGGAGUGCGCUAUUCCAGGAAAGAAAGGGACACCAUGGGAAGGAGGCUUAUUUAAACUACGAAUGCUUUUCAAGGAUGACUACCCUUCUUCACCCCCAAAAUGUAAAUUUGAACCACCGUUAUUCCACCCAAACGUGUAUCCUUCAGGCACAGUGUGUCUCUCCAUCUUAGAGGAGGAUAAGGACUGGAGGCCAGCAAUCACAAUUAAACAGAUCUUGUUAGGAAUACAAGAACUUCUAAAUGAACCAAAUAUUCAAGACCCAGCUCAAGCAGAGGCUUACACAAUUUACUGCCAAAACAGAGUGGAAUAUGAAAAGAGGGUUCGAGCACAAGCCAAGAAGUUUGCACCAUCAUAAGCAUCUGUCAUGCAGCAUCUUAAAAAGGAAGGGAUUGGUUUGGCAAGAACUUGUUUACAAAACUUUUGCAAAAUCUAAUGUUGCUAUGUAAUAUUAAUAUCCACUUAGGGGAGGGGGUUGUAUGUGUGCCAUUUUCCAUAUACGCCACUUGUAUACAGUUCUAAAUUUGCUGAAUUGCCCCCAGUUUUUUCAUACAGGGUCUCUUCCUUCAGUCUUUUGUAUUUUUGAUUGUUAUGUAAAACUUGCUUUUAUUUUAAUAUUGAUGUCAGUAUUUCAACUGCUGUAAAAUUAUAAACUUUUAUACUUCUAUAAAUUCACUAGUAUCUCUAGUUACUUUGCUAUCUGAUGCAGGCAUGCUUUAAAAUGUUAGAACUAUAUUUAGCCUCUAGCUGGCUGUAUGAAAAAAUCAUGCCCUCCACCCCCUUCCCUCCCUGAAUUUGUUUUUCUAUCUUUCAGAAACUAGGUUGUUAUUGCUUAAGAGCCUCUGAGAUCCAAAGUCAGCCAGCAUCCUUAUUCUGCAUCACUUCCUUUGUGUUUAUAUGGCGUUCUGUCUGUGUUGCUGUUUAGAGUAAAUAAACUGUUUAUAUAAAGGG